ACAACCGUGAUGAGGACCAGGCAGGAGCACCGGUUUUUAAAGCUUGUUUUCUUUCAUCUUACUCUCAUUUAAUGUGAUGUAGUAUCUCUACAAAUAACAUCCAGAUAUCUAUUGGGAUCUUUUGAACUUCUCUAUGCUGGUAUAACGGUGUGGAUUCAGACCUCCGCCCUCUUUUGUGACAAGGAGGUUUUCUAGAUUUCAUACCUCAGUUUGUUCGUACAGUGUUCAAAGUAGUGCGGGCAGCACGAGAGUUCUCUGGAAGUACGCGAAUGAACUAGGAUGACACCGGAUACUUUUGGCUGCAAACAUUGAAGACAUCGGCUCUGCAUCACUGUUGGCUUUAACAAAUAAAAAUGUAUCAUAACCAGGAGGAGGGUACGGUACAUUCCGUCAAUGCGGAGCACGGGACGGCGCACCACAGUGACACCAACAGCCUGGGAAACAGCUCGGGCAGCGGCUCCACUGACCUCCAGCCGCCUGCUUACUCCAAACUGGAGUUCAGCAGGCAUGCAGUGACAGAUGACUAUAAAAUCACAGCUCAGGUUCUUGGCCUGGGCAUCAAUGGAAAAGUGCUGGAAUGUUAUUGCAAGAAAACGGGAGAGAAAUGUGCCCUCAAGAUCCUGUAUGAUACUCCUAAAGCCAGACGGGAGGUUGAGCUGCACUGGCGAGUUUCCGGAGGUCCCCACAUCGUCCGAAUACUGAGCCUGUAUGAGAACAUGCACAAGGGGAAGAAAUGUCUCCUCAUCAUAAUGGAGUGUAUGGAGGGAGGGGAGCUGUUCAAUCGCAUUCAGGCCAGAGGGGACCAGGCUUUUACAGAGAGAGAGGCGUCAGAGAUAAUGCAUGACAUCGGCACAGCCAUAGAGUACCUCCACCACAUGGACAUCGCUCACAGGGAUGUGAAGCCUGAAAACCUGCUCUAUACCACCAAGGAGUGUAACGCCUCACUGAGGCUGACUGACUUUGGCUUUGCUAAGGAGACGACACUGCAAAACUCCCUCCAAACUCCCUGUUACACUCCAUAUUAUGUUGCCCCAGAAGUGCUUGGGCCAGAGAAAUAUGACAAAUCAUGUGACAUGUGGUCUCUGGGCGUAAUCAUGUACAUUCUCCUGUGUGGGUUUCCGCCGUUCUACUCAAACACAGGUCAGGCCAUCUCUCCAGGCAUGAAGCAGAGGAUCAGGUUGGGCCAGUAUGAGUUCCCCAACCCUGAGUGGGCUGACGUUUCGGAGGAAGCAAAGCAGCUCAUCAUUCAAUUACUGAAGACGGACCCCAAUGAGAGGAUGACCAUCGGACAGUUCAUGAACCACCCCUGGAUUAGUCAAUCAAUGGUGGUCCCUCCAACCCCCCUCCACACUUCUCGUGUUUUGACAGAGGACAAGGAGCUGUGGGACGAUGUGAAGGAGGAAAUGACCAGCGCCCUGGCAACAAUGCGUGUCGACUACGACCAGGUUAAGAUCAAAGACCUGGACACGUCAAACAACCCUCUGCUCAAUAAGAGACGUAAGAGGCCUGUUCCUGGAGGAGCUGACAGAGGAAGUGACGAUGGUGGAGGAAAUGAGGUGUAUAAUAGCAACAGAGAAGUUACAUUUUCUGAAGAGCAGGGGGAAAUGAUUAUUGGACAAAAGUAGUAUAAAGCCAUGGAAGCCAGAGGGAGCAGUUUUCACACCAACAUAUCACGAUUGUAUUUUACCUACCUUUUCUCCUUCAUUGGAUCACUGCACUCAAUAGUCUAACUAAUGUCAUUUAUUGUCUUUGUUACCACUCUUAACGUAAAAAAUAAAAACA